CUGUCUUGUAAGCACAACAAAAGAAUUUCGCAACACCAGCAGAACUUUUUCGCUGCAAUUACAUUCCUUCAGAAAAAGAAAGGUGUUAAUUGGUAUUUCUAAGUAAAAAUGAGCUCAACUCGCUUUGCACGCACUGGGCGCGUGCGUCUCUGCAUUCUGAUGAGCAUGUUCCUGGUGCUCAUCAUGAUGAUUGUUAUUUACCAAAUGUCCCAACACCAAUUGGACGAGAGCCGCGCCUUUCAGGAAGGUCUCAGUGUACAAAUGCAAUCUUUGACUGCCGAAAAGCUAACCGCCGAGAAACGUAUGAGUUUGCUGCGCACGGAGAAGAUGAGCCUGCAGGAGAAGUACGAAGGUCAGCUGGCGGAGGCAGCCCAAAAGCAGCAGGAAACGGAGCGGGCUCUGCAGGAGAAGUUUGAGACUCAGCUGGAGAAGCACAAGCUGCUGGAGAUCAAGUACGCUGAUCUAGAAGCUGAGUGCGUUAAUAGCAAGAAGAAACACAUCGCCGACACCAAUACCUUCGACCAGAAACUACAGAAACUCCUGGCCGACGUGCACAAAGACAAGGCUGUCAAAGAACAGGAAGUGGCAGGCUGGAAGGAAAAACUGGAGAAACUGCAACGCGACUCGGAGCGCAAGAUACACGCCCUGGAAAGUUCCCUUACGGAAUUUAAAGCAAACUGCCAUUACGUACCGAAAGUACAACCGGCAGAGGCACCAGCCCAUGGCCACCAGGACUCACAGCAGCAGCAGCAACUAAACAAGCCGGCCGAGCAAACUCCUACCACUCGGCACUCGAGCCCUGGUCAGUUAGCCCAUAGCAUCGAGAAGCCACGAAACGAGAAGUCCUUCGACGCCCAAGUGCAAGUGAGUGACGGCCUCUACAGGAUUGGCGGCGGGGUAAAUCUGCUAGCAACUAACCCAAAACAAAACCAAACAGCUUCAGCUACUAACAAUACAACUAAGGGCCUUGGUGGCGGGAUUGUGGAACACGAGCCGCAGAAAGAACAGCAGCCACUGCUGCCCUUCGCUGUGCGCAACAAUCAUAGCUUGAUACUAAACUCUGUUGAAAACUUUCAGAUUGUCCCAAAGGCGUUGAGCGAGAAGCAGCAGCAAGAGGAGCCUCAACUGUCCGACGGUCAGGUUUCACCCCUGAGUGCUCCGCGCAAGAGCAGCACUCCGGCGCCCAACGCCUCGGUAGCACCCAAGGUUGCGAGUAGCAGCAGUAGCGGGCUUCCACCUCUGGCACUUCCGCCUGCAAAGCCAGAGCGCAAGCUGCCCGAGAACGUCGCGCCCAUUCCUGACAACUUUGAGGACACCAAAGUAGAUGGUAAGGGGGAUGCUGUCGACGUGGACACUGCCGCCGAGGAGCUGCCCAAGAACGAGAACAACAAUCGUUAUGCCAAUGCUGUAAAUGAUCUGGAGAACAAUCGGAACUUGGGUGUGGCGCCCAAGCCGCUCGAGGACUCGGGCGCUCAUGAAGUCAAAGACGCCUUGAACGAGCCCAGUUUCAACCUACCGGCAGCGGGAGGUGGUCAGAACCUCUUCGAUGGCGAAUUGCCAGCUCAGGGUCCUGGUCCAGUGCCCGAUGAGCCGGCCAAGCAAAUGGCCGAACAACUGGGAGCGGGAGGCGGGGGUGGCGGUGAGGGAGCUGAGGGCGACGAUGAUGAUGAUGUGGGGGACGUGGCGGUAAAGCAACCGCAGCACUUGCUGGAAAACGACAAUCUAAACAACGAGAUCAUGGCUGACCAAGGAAAGGAAUUCCCUGAGGGCAUUCAUUUGGAAGAUGGCAUGGAUGAGGAUCCGGAUGAGGACGACUACUCCAAUGCAGCGGCACGAAAGAAGGGAGGAGAGGCCGUUAGACAUUAAACUGUGUAAUAUUUUAUGAUUCUUGGAUGAUUCCUGGACGGGAUUGUGUGCAAAGAAGUAACCCAAGCCCUUUAUAGAAAACCAUGAUGGAAAUUAUGAAUUAUUUGGAAUUUAUUUUGAAGUUGGAUAAACCAUUCGAUGGAAACUUGAAUGUGUAUUAUAAUGAAUGUUAGAAGAAAUCGAUGUAAGAACGCCCUAAGCUGCAUAUAGUCUAUAAGUAAGUUUAAAGCUCAUGACCACCACACUCCACUUCUCCAACGAAAGCCCAAAGGAAAUACUCUGAGAUGGGGAGGAGGCCGGAGGCAGAAAGUUCAUUGAAUGAAACGAUUUAGUAUUAAGACUGGCUCGGUUCAGCUUUACAAGAAUUUUGUCGCAAAGCUAUAGCUAACCUAUUUUGAUCUAUAAUGUGUACUUGCAAUAAUUUUUAUAAUCAGAUACCUUCAUCACAAAACUCUCGCUCAUAUCGAAGAUCAACCGACACUCCUGUGGUUUCCAUCUCCGUACAAUAUUAUUUUGUACUUGGUUUUCUGUGAUAAAAAUAACUCGCUGCACUGCAUUUGGGCAAUGUUGCCUGUGUUUUUGUCGCCGCACCCACUCAUUUCGCUAGAGAUUAGGUAGCCACUUAAGCCAUGAUUGUAAACACACACAAACUUUAUUGGUAAUGAUAAUAAUAAACUUAAUGCAUAAAUGUUA